GAGUCCCCAGGUAGGGAGCUGAGCACUGGGACCAAGGGCUAAAGCAGAGAGACUAAAAAAAUGCAGACCACCAGGGCACUGCUCAUUUCUCUGGCUCUGAUCCACUUUAGUACCAGGGGUUUGAUCAGGCCUGUGUCUGCCUCCUUCCUGAGUAGACUAGAGAACUCAUCUAAACAGCCUUCCUACAGCAGCAGCUCUCCACUCCAGGUGGCCAGACGGGAGUUCCAGACCAGUGUUGUCUCCCGGGACAUUGACACAGCAGCCAAGUUCAUUGGUGCCGGGGCUGCCACAGUUGGUGUAGCCAGAUCAGGGGCUGGCAUUGGAACUGUGUUUGGCAGUUUGAUCAUUGGCUAUGCCAGGAACCCGUCUCUCAAGCAACAGCUCUUCUCCUAUGCCAUUCUGGCUUUGCCCUGUCUGAGGCCAUGGGGCUCUUCUGUUUGAUGGUCACCUUCCUCAUCCUCUUUGCCAUGUGAGGCUCUGUGGGAUCACCCACACGUCCCUGCUGCUUCACCUCCACUGGUGCUGGAGUGUGCUGAGCUGUACCAUUAA